UAAAUGAUAUUGCUGAAUGGAACAUAGUCAAUUUUAUCCCUUUUCAAGUAGUGUCAAGCUUAUGGCAGGGACUUGCUGGAGAGCUGGUAAAUGUUCUCAAAGAAGCUGGGCAGAUGGUACCACCUGCACCGUUGAAAUUUGGAACCCAUGUGAAGAAGAAGCUCAUGUCUUCUUCAAUGAGUAAUGACUAGAGUAUCUUGAACUUUGGACUAGUUGCACAAGUUUGGUCAUCUUAUUGCCUGUCUUAAAACAGGAGUCCAAACUAUAUGGGGCUCAUGUCAAGGAAAUCGCUGCUGAUGCUCCAAAGGCUAAAAAAAAUGACAUUUGACAACUCAAGACGACAAAAACUGAUGCACGGGAGCCCGUGGUGCCAAAAUUCAUGGUGGCCUGCAGUAAAAUGUGUAGGUUAAGAGGAAAUUUUCCUGGUAAUUCAAUACUAAAGACCACAUAGGAAUGACAAAGAAAUUUAACUUUGUAAUUAGUGGGCAUUCAAAAGUACUCUUACUGCCCAAGUAAAGAAUAUUUUCUUACCCAACAAUCAUCAGCAGUGACAUUAUCUGAAGUAGACGGGAAAGAAUGCAAUGUGUAUUCAAAACAUCAUAUGCCUUGGGGACUUGUUCAAAGCCUCAAAAAGUUUUCUUUACAAUGCAAUGUUGGAGGCACAAGUCAGCUGCAAGAAAGUAAAGGAGAAAACGGGGAAGAGUCCAAUGACUUUUGUACUCUAGGAAGUGGAGAGAAAAUGGCAGAGAGUGCAGUGCACUUUUUACUGCAAAAGCUUGCACCUUUCUUUGAAAAGGAGAUGCAGCUGUUGAGAGGGGGUCGGGAAGAAGUUGCAUGUGUAAGGGGAGAACUGGAGCGCAUGAAGGCCUUUUUGAAGGUUGCAGAUGCAUUUGAGGAGAUUGAUCAGGAGGUGAAGGUAUGGGUUAAGCAAAUAAGAGAGGUUGCUCAUGACAUGGAGGACAUUCUCGACGAAUACAUGCUUCUCCUUACACAUAAUCAUGGAGAGGGGCUCUCUGGUUUUCUUCACAAGAUGUCUUGCUGUGUUAGGAACAUGAAAGCUUGUUAUCGAAUUGCUUUGGACAUACAAGGCAUCAACUCAAGAAUAAGAGACAUUUGUGAUGGACACCGUAGACUUCGUCAGAAAUUCUGUGCUGAUGAAGGGUCAAGCUCCAAUGGUGUAGGUAAUACAUGGCAGGACCGCCGAUGGGAUGCCCUUCUUUUGGAUAAAACUGAUGUAGUUGGCAUCGAUGAGAGCAAAAAGAAGCUUAUCGGAUGGCUGGUCGGUGGUGGCACAGACCGCAAAGUUAUUUCACUCUCAGGGAUGGGAGGAUUGGGAAAAACGACCUUGGCAAAGCAAGUCUAUGACGAUGCAGAAGUGAAGAAACAUUUUCCUCUACAUGCUUGGACCACGGUUUCCCAACCUUUCAAGUUGGAGGGUCUCCUUAAAGAAAUGGUUCAACAACUCUCCAGAGUAAUUAGUAAACCAGUCCCUGAAGGAGUGGACAGCAUGAGCAGCUAUCAGCUGAAAACUAUAAUUAAAAACUGGCUACAGAAAAGAAGCUACCUAAUUAUUUUGGAUGAUGUAUGGCGCAUUAACGAGUGGGAUGCUAUCAAAAUUGCCUUGCCUGCUAACGAUUGUGGCAGUCGAGUGAUGCUUACCACACGAAAUGCUGAUUUAGCCUUUUCCUCUCGAAUAGAAUCUGAAGGUGCGGUGUACAAUUUGGAGCCUUUGCCUUCUGAAGAGUCCUGGACGUUGUUCUGUAGGAAGACUUUCCGUGGAAACUAUUGUCCUCCCCAUUUAGAGGAAAUCUGUAAACAAAUCUUGAAGAAGUGUGAGGGAUUGCCCCUUGCUAUUGUUGCUAUCAGUGGUGUUUUGGCUACAAAAAACAAGCAAAGAAUAGAUGAAUGGGAAAUGGUUGGUCGUAGUCUUGGUGCUGAAAUUGAUGGCAAUGAUAAGCUUAUGAAUUUGAAGAAAGUACUGUCACUCAGUUUCAAUGAUUUGCCAUACUAUCUAAAAUCAUGUUUCUUGUACUUGAGCAUCUUUCCUGAGGAUCAUCUGAUUGAUCUUAUGAAACUGAUACGAUUGUGGACAGCAGAGGGGUUUGUUGAAUUGAAACAAGGAAAGACACAAGAAGAAGUAGCAGAGGGUUUCUUUAAUGAGCUCCUAAGCAGAAGCUUGAUACAAGUAGCAGGGACAACCAGUGAUGGAAGGGUGAAGUCAUGUCGCAUUCAUGACCUUCUGCGAGAGAUCAUCAUAUUGAAGUCCAGAGAACAGAACUUUGCUGUCAUAGCAAAAGAACAAAAUGCAAUGUGGCCUGACAAAGCUCGACGUCUUUCAAUUCACAAUACAUUGCAAAAUGUACUGCAAAACAGGUGUGUUUCUCAACUGCGUUCUCUGUUCAUGUUUGGGGUCGAAGAAGAUCCAUCCUUGCAUAAACUGUUUCCUGAAGGCUUUAGGCUACUUGCGGUGCUUGAUUUGCAGGCUACUCCUCUAACAAAGUUUCCCGUUGACAUUGUAAACCUGUAUUUUUUGAAGUAUUUGAGCUUAAGGGAAACCAAGGUAACAGUUGUUCCCAGGUUUAUAGGGAAGCUUCAGAACCUUGAGACCUUAGAUCUUAAACAUGCCUAUGUUACUGAAUUGCCGGUAGAGGUCCUACAGCUCCAACGCCUCCGCCAUCUUUUAGUCUACCGAUAUGAGUUUGAGUCUUAUGAUUACUUCCACUCAAAAUAUGGCUUUAAAGCUCUGGAGAAAAUAGGAGUGUUGCAAUCCCUUCAAAAGCUGUGCUUAAUAGAGGUAGACCAGGGAAAUGUCAUAUUGGCAGAAUUGGGGAGGCUCACUCAGUUGAGGAGACUAGGCAUUACAAAGUUGAGGAAGGAAGAUGGGAAGAAAUUGUGCUCAUCUAUUGAAAAGCUGACAUGUCUUCGUGCUUUAUCUAUUAUAUCCAUAGAAGAAGAUGAGACCAUCGAUGUUCAACACCUCAUUUCCCCUCCACCAUUGCUUCAGCGGCUGUACUUGAGAGGCAGAUUGGAGACCAUGCCGCAUUGGAUCCGUUAUCUUCAUAGCCUAGUGAAAGUAUAUCUAAAAUGGAGCCGCUUAGUGGAAGAUCCACUAGUUUCUCUUCAAAAUCUUCCGAACCUUGUUCAUCUUGAAUUAGUACAGGUUUAUGAUGGAGACACUCUGCUUCGAGGCUGGAGGAUUUAAAAGGCUGAAGCGUCUUUGCCUUGAUAACUUUGACGAACUCAAAGGGAUGCAGAUACAGGUGGGGGCAAUGCCUUGUCUAGAAAAGCUAAGCAUUCAGCGAUGUAAAUCCAUGGAGAAGGUACCGCUAGGUAUUGAACAUCUGACAAAGCUGAAUGUGCUUGAAUUCUUUGACAUGCCUCAUGAAUUAAUCAGGACACUCCGCCUGGAUAACUACGGUGAAGAUUACUGGAGAGUUGCUCACAUCCCUGAAGUUUAUUCUACUUACUGGAGAGAUGGAGCUUAGGAGGUCUAUUCCUUGGAGAGUUUCAGUGAAGGAGAGAGCUCUCCUCAGCCCAACACUGUCAUAAGUAGCCAGGAUCUUCAUGCACGUUGGAAAUGAUCUCUCUGUACAUACCUACAAAUACUGAAUAAUUUUCAUUGUAUAUUUGUAAAUAAUUGUAAAAAUAGUCACUUGAGCUUGUUGUAAAUAAUUGUAAAAAUAAUUUUCAUUUGAGCUUGUUGUAAAAAUAGUUUCUUUGUGUAAAAAUAAAACGAAAAGACUUGUAAGGAUUCUAGAUGUGCUUGUCUAUAAAUAGCAAGUAAUAUUUAACUUUGAUUUUGUAAUAAGAAAUUCAAAUAUUUUGAUAGUUUGCACUUACUACAUCAAGUUAGUUAGUGGUCUUUUCUUGCAUUGUAAAAUUAGAUUUCUUGCCAAAAUGGAAAAUACCUGUUUGGAUCAGACAAUUCCAAAUUCGACAUCGUCAGUAACGAAGUUACCAACCCAGAUUCUUAUUUUCAUGAUGUAAAUUUCUGUCCCUUUUGGUUCGCUCAAUUUUCAUUGAAUUGGACUUGAUUUGACAUUUCUGGGCUUAUUUUUUAUUCCUUCAUGACAAUGGGAGGCAGUAGAACGCAGACAACCCAAAGCCUAAACAUAUCCUCUUUUGCAAAAGUUAUUGGAUUUUUUAUGUUUUGUACUAUUGGCCCAAUAUAUGGACUGCCCUGAAAACGUUAAGGCGAAGCCAGAGGACUAAGCGUUACUCUGACCUUUUUAGGCCCAUAGAUCCAUGGGAUGGGAUCGCCGCUAAUGAUUUGGUAUUCUGAAAUUGCCCAAAAGCCUUUGCUGUAAAAAUGAAAUGCCUAAAUAUUGAAGUUAUCUCUGAUCUUAAUUUAUUGCCAACUCAACAAUUUUACUAUUUAUUUGAGUGUCAAAUCAACAAAUAAUUGCUUGGUUUCUAACAACGGCUUCUUGUCCGAAAUUUUACUUAUCAAAAUCCAAAAUCUUAACAACUUGUUUCUUUAUUAUGGUAAUUAAUAAAUAUAAUUUGAUAAAUCGUAUGGAAAAUGACACACCAAGGGGAUUUUCAUGAUGGGAAGGGAAACCAGCGGGGAAGCAAAUAUAGGAAAACGAAUAUGAAGUGAAAUUUCAUGAAAUGAUUGAUUCUCACUAUCUCAAUAUAAAAUUUUUGUUUAUUGGGAUGAAAAAAGAUCAAACAACUUGAAAAAGUCAAGUCCACGAGCUUAAUUCAUUUAUUUCAUUUUAGUAAUAUAGUAUCAAAUCAAAUGUGAACACGGUACCUAUGUUCAAAUAAGUGUCACACCAUAAGCGGGUGCAUCAGGCGUGUCAAGCGCACAGGUUUGAGCAGCAGAGGCAGAGGCUCACACACCAAAAGCAUUGGCGGGGGUUUGCUCAUCAGGCCUUGGAGAAGAGGUCAAACCGCCCGCACAGCAUGCAAGCCAACCCGCACAGACAAGGUCAGACUUGCAAGACGCCCGCACCACAUCAGGAAAGUUCUAAGAGAACAAAUGCGCAACUAGAUCUUCUAAAAGUGUACAGGAUCAACAAAAGCUUUCAGUAAAAUUGGUUGAACCUAAAAAUCAAAAAGUAGAAUCCUGUAUUAAUAUAAUUGGUGUAAUCCUUGUGUGAUUGUAAUUAUUUGAUUCUAGAGAUUUAGCCAUAAGUGUAGUUGGGGGCUUCAAUUAUAAAUAGAGGGUUGUCCCAUCCUCCUUUGUAUAGCAUCUCACACUUUAUUUCAGUAAAAUAUAGAAGCAUAUUCUAGCUAUUUUCUCUUGUUUUCUAGUUUUUCAAACUUGCGCAUUUUGUCAUUCCUAUUAUUUUAGUGCUCGCAUGCUUGUGUUUUAGGCUGACUUAAGCUAGAAGGAGGUGAUUCCAAGCCUAAGACCGCACGAAUUCUAAGUCUAAGAUUGAAGCCCGUGACAAUUGAUAUCAGAGCAGUUUUAGUUUUGCUUGUUUGUCUGUGUGCAGGUUAGAUAACAGUCGAGGAAAUGGCAUCCUAGAGCGAUGUUGCAAGCUAACAACCUGAGGCCCAAGAGCAAGGCCACUGAAGGGGCAAGAAGGCCAGUUUGAGAGACAUCUGAUCUACCAUAGAUAGGAAGCUGUCCAAGGUAGAAGUGACCAUGGAUGACAUGAAAGAAAAGCUUGAUGAUAUGGAGAC